UAUAGUCUAGAAUGUAUAGAGAAUUGGAUAAAGAAUAAGAAUAGUUGCCCUCUAUGUAAGACAGAGAUAAAGGAACUUGUGGUGAAGGAUGAGGGUGAUAGAAGGAUUGAGGUGUUGCCACCUCAGAUGCCACAUCCAAGCAAGGUAGAAGCGGAUCUAGCUUGUUUAGAUCAUACAUACUUUACAGAGGAGAUUAAUAAGUUGUUGAUAUUGGCAAGCUCCGUUGGAUACAAGGUGGAGAAUGCACGUGGUUUGAACUCUAGCUCAAAGGUUUAUGUCAAUCACACGGCCAACAAUCAGGGUGACAUCACCUUGAUGGUCACGAUCAAUGAGUCACUGGGGCGACUGCAGCAUGACAUGGAGCAGCUCACAAGCUUCGAUCCUCAACAGAUGUUGUCGGAGCUCUACUCUUUAGAGACCACAUUGAAGGAUCUCGAUCGUGUAUAUAAUCAAUAUCAUCUAUAUCAAAACCACAAUGGACAUAAUAAUAAUAACAGUAACAUUAAUAGUAAUAGUAGUAAUAGUAAUAAUAGUAGUAACAGACAUGGUCAUGGUGGGCAUGGUGGACAUAAUAGAGCAGCAGCAAGAGGAGGAAGAUAUGAUGAUGACGACUAUGACGAUGAUUACUACUAUGACGACAGUGAUGAUGAGGAUCAUGAUAAGUACUACGAGUCAGUCGAUGAUAACAAACAAAGAUAUCCAAAGAGUGGCAAUGGCAAGAGG